GACAGUGUUGAAAAGCCGGGUGGUGUAAGACCAGCAGCGGCGUGGUUGCCGUGUGUUGUUUUCUAAUAAUAGUAAUAUCAGGUUAUCUGUGUUUAUUGUCUUUUCAAAUUCAUAACAUUAAUACUACUGCACUCUUACUGGGAUUAUCUAGAAGGCAAAACACAAAAUACUUCACUUUGAACGUUUUAUUGUAAAGAACAAGCGAGCGGAAAAGAAAGAAAGACAAAGCAUGUCCGAGUCGGAGAACAACAUCGUGGAGCAAGAGCAGCGACUGGAGGCAGCAGAAGCAGGAGCUGAAGUUGAAGCUGAACCUGGCGAUGAGGAGGAAGAAACAUCUGCACAUGAAGAAGGACAAGGAGAUGCCUCGCCGACCAAGCAGAAGGAUGCUCCAGAAAACCUUCCAGCUUACGAAGAGAAAAUGGUGGCUGACCGGUCAAACCGAUUUGAGUACUUGCUGAAACAGACUGAAGUCUUCGCUCAUUUCAUUCAGCCUGCGGCUCAGAAAACUCCAACCUCGCCUCUGAAAAUGAAGCCUGGCCGCCCCCGUGUAAAGAAAGAUGAGAAACAGAACCUUCUGUCUGCCGGAGAUAAUCGUCACCGUCGAACAGAACAGGAAGAGGACGAGGAGCUGCUGACUGAGAACAGCAAAGCUACCAACGUCUGCACCCGCUUUGACGAGUCACCCUCCUAUGUUAAAUGUGGGACAAUGAGAGAUUACCAGAUUCGUGGGUUGAACUGGCUGAUUUCACUGUAUGAGAAUGGCAUCAAUGGUAUCCUUGCAGAUGAAAUGGGUCUGGGGAAAACCUUGCAAACCAUUUCUCUUCUUGGGUACAUGAAGCACUACAGAAACGUUCCAGGUCCGCACAUGGUGUUGGUCCCCAAGUCCACACUGUACAACUGGAUGAACGAGUUUAAACGAUGGGUCCCAUCGCUGCGGGCUGUCUGCCUCAUUGGAGACAAGGACCAAAGAGCAGCUUUUGUUCGUGAUGUGCUUCUUCCAGGGGAGUGGGAUGUCUGUGUGACCUCUUAUGAAAUGCUGAUCAAAGAGAAAUCUGUGUUUAAGAAAUUUAACUGGAGAUACCUUGUGAUAGAUGAGGCCCACAGGAUCAAAAAUGAAAAAUCUAAGCUUUCAGAAAUAGUACGGGAGUUCAAGACGACCAACAGGCUGCUGUUAACAGGAACGCCUCUUCAGAACAACUUGCAUGAGCUUUGGGCUCUUUUGAACUUCCUCUUGCCUGAUGUGUUCAAUUCCUCAGAAGAUUUUGAUUCAUGGUUUGAUACCAACAAUUGUCUUGGGGACCAGAAGCUUGUUGAGCGUUUGCAUAUUGUAUUGCGACCUUUUUUGCUCAGGAGAAUUAAGGCUGAAGUAGAAAAGAGUUUGCUCCCCAAGAAAGAAGUGAAGGUGUAUGUGGGCCUCAGCAAAAUGCAAAGAGAAUGGUACACCAAGAUUUUAAUGAAGGAUAUUGACAUUUUAAACUCUGCUGGGAAGAUGGACAAAAUGAGGCUACUGAAUGUGCUGAUGCAGCUGCGAAAAUGCUGUAACCACCCAUACCUGUUUGAUGGAGCUGAGCCCGGGCCCCCCUACACCACUGACAUGCACUUGGUGGUCAACAGUGGGAAGAUGGUGGUGCUGGACAAGCUGCUGCCCAAAGUGAAAGAGCAAGGUUCUCGUGUGCUAAUUUUCAGUCAGAUGACGAGGGUGCUGGACAUCUUGGAGGAUUACUGUAUGUGGAGAAACUAUGGCUAUUGCCGACUUGAUGGCCAGACAGCACAUGAGGAGAGACAGAAUUCCAUCAAUGCUUUCAACGCUCCAAACAGCUCCAAGUUUCUCUUCAUGUUGAGUACUCGUGCUGGUGGUCUUGGAAUCAACCUCGCCACUGCAGAUGUUGUUAUAAUCUAUGAUUCUGACUGGAAUCCCCAAGUAGACCUUCAGGCUAUGGAUCGAGCCCACAGAAUUGGUCAGAAAAAGCAAGUCAGGGUAUUCCGGUUUAUCACAGAUAACACUGUAGAGGAGAGAAUUGUAGAACGGGCCGAGAUGAAACUCAGGCUGGAUUCCAUUGUCAUUCAGCAAGGAAGAUUAGUGGACCAAAACUUGAACAAACUUGGGAAGGAUGAAAUGUUGUCAAUUAUUCGGCACGGUGCUACACAUGUGUUUGCAUCAAAGGAUAGUGAGAUCACAGAUGAGGAUGUUGAUGCCAUUCUGGAAAGAGGAGAAAAGAAGACUGCAGAGAUGAAAGAGAAGAUGAUGAAGAUGGGCGAAAGUUCUCUGAGGAACUUUACUAUGGAAACAGAUAACAGUGUGUACAAUUUUGAAGGAGAAGACUACAGGGAGAAAAAGAAGAUGGCCCUUACAGAGUGGAUUGAGCCGCCCAAACGAGAACGAAAAGCAAACUAUGCUGUCGAUGCUUACUUCAGAGAGGCCCUGCGUGUCAGUGAACCUAAAGUACCCAAGGCUCCACGUCCUCCCAAGCAACCCAACGUCCAAGACUUUCAGUUCUUCCCUCCUCGUUUGUUUGAGCUGCUGGAAAAGGAGAUCCUUUACUACAGAAAAACUAUUGGCUAUAAGGUCCCUAGAAAUCCCGACAUGCCCAAUGCAGUUCAGGCACAGAAAGAGGAACAGAGCAAGAUUGACGAAGCAGAGCCUCUUAAUGAAGAAGAAUUGGACGAAAAAGAGAAACUCCUCACCCAGGGUUUCACUAUUUGGAACAAAAGGGAUUUUAACCAGUUCAUCAAGGCUAAUGAGAAAUGGGGACGGGAUGAUAUUGAGAAUAUUGCACGGGAAGUAGAAGGCAAAUCUCCAGAGGAGGUGAUGGAGUACUCGGCUGUUUUCUGGGAGAGGUGCAAUGAGCUACAGGACAUUGAGAAGAUCAUGGCACAAAUUGAAAGGGGGGAAGCCAGGAUUCAAAGGAGGAUCAGCAUCAAAAAAGCACUUGACUCGAAGAUUGGCCGUUACAAGGCUCCCUUCCACCAGCUGAGAAUAUCCUAUGGCACUAAUAAAGGAAAGAAUUACACAGAGGAGGAAGACCGUUUCUUGAUCUGCAUGCUGCACAAGCUGGGCUUCGAUAAGGAGAGUGUUUAUGACGAGCUGAGGCAGUGUAUUCGUAACUCUCCACAGUUCAGAUUUGACUGGUUUCUCAAAUCCAGGACAGCUAUGGAGCUGCAAAGACGUUGCAACACCUUAAUCACUCUGAUCGAGAGGGAGAACAUGGAACUAGAGGAGAAAGAGAAAGCAGAGAAGAAAAAACGAGGACCGCGACCUUCCUCUAUCCAAAAACGUAAGGCAGAUGGGACCCCAGACGGCCGUGGAAGGAGAAAGAAAUUUAAAGCUGUGAACUGAACUCUUUAUAUUCCAUUACAUUUAAAUAGUAGUUUUUUGUCUGGUUUUAUUUUACGGGUUGUUAAAUGUACUGUAUAAACUCUCUAGCAAUUAAAAUGACUGUUUCCCAUCUGUGUACUGUACUAGGAAUGUAGUACUUAAUACAAGUAUGACUGACUUCUAGUGAUUUACAAAUGCAACAGCUGUGCUGAACUUUCUUUUUUACCAUUAACACUUGAAGUAAUAAAUACCUUUUGUUAUUUAA